UUCAGCUGCGGAGGAGAUCAGAGCUUCAUUCAACAUCGGCACAGCCAAGCCGCACACACGCACUCUCUCUCACACACACACGCGCAAGCGCGCGCGCACACUCCUACUCCAACACUCUUGAACGGACAAUCCAGUGCAGAGAUGCACCAAACCGACUCGGACUAAAAGGAGCGAAGUCACGAUAAACGGAGAGAUUCUACGUUCAUUAGAAAUCGACACAAAAGCGCCCUGGAAGAAAGUUCGCAACUCGGAAGGGAGACGGAAACCCUGAACUGACCACGGAAUUCUGUGUGAACACAGUCGGACCAUCGCAGAGACACUGAGGACGUUUUCAGAGCCUGUUGGUUUUGAGUGUUUGUUUGUUAAGUUUGUUUUUUUUUCAUCUGUCCUGCUUUGGAGAGCUGCUGAAGGAAGAAUUUGCCAUCAGGACCGGUGCGUCGCGAGCGCGCAGCUUUUAAACGAGAGAGAGAAGAUUGGAGCAAGAUGCUGCAGUUUUUCCUCGCUUUUAUCCUUUUAGGAGCAGCGACCGAAGCUGCCUACUUUUCCCAGCAGCCCCAGGACCAGGUAGUGAUGGCCGGCCAAUCGGUGACGCUUCCAUGCGUCAUCGUGGGAUAUCGAGGCAUGGUGCAGUGGACCAAAGACGGCCUAGCACUCGGUGGAGAGCGAGAUUUACCUGGUUGGACACGUUACUCCCUGAUGGGAGAUCCACUAUCAGGGGAGCACAGCUUGGUGAUCGAAUCAGCAGAGCUGGCCGAUGAUGCCGUGUACGAGUGCCAGGCCACGCAAGCAGCACUGCGCUCACACCGAGCCAAACUCACUGUCCUGGUGCCACCUUCGGACCCUGUCGUCGAGGGAGGGCCUGUGGUGCGUCUGAAAGCCCACACACCCCAUAACCUGACAUGCAGGGCAUCCGGAGCCAAGCCUGCAGCUGAGAUCACCUGGUACAGGGAUGGAGAGGUCAUGCACACUGCGAUCUACUCGAAGUCUCUGAUGGAGGAUGGGAAAAGGGAGACAGCGGUCAGCCUUCUACCUCUGGUGCCCGAUGACCGUGAUUCGGGGCGGACGUACACCUGCAGGGUCCUAAACCCAGCAGCCCCAGGCGGACGCCAGACUUCCAUCACCAUCAACGUUCAACAUCCCCCGUCGGUCACUCUGUCCGUCCAGCCUCAGACUGUAAUGGAAGGAGCCAAAGUGCUGUUCAUCUGCUCGGCUUCCGCCAGCCCAGAGAUCACAGGCUACAGGUGGUCUAAAGGUGGUGUCCCCAUCCCCGACGCCAAAGGGGACAGUCUGGAGGUGACGGUGGAUUACUCAUAUUUCACAGACCCUGUGUCCUGUGAGGUGUCCAACUCUGUGGGAAGCACUAACGUCAGCACGCUGGUGGACGUGCAGUUCGGUCCCAGGCUUUUAUCAGAGCCUAAACCACAGACGGUGGACACAGGCAUGGAUGCAGCGUUCACCUGCGCCUGGACUGGCAACCCUCCACUCACCCUGGCAUGGACCAAACAGGGAUCCAGUGUGGUGCUUAGCAACAGCAACACACUGCACCUAAAGGCCGUGACUCAGGAAGACGCCGGGACCUAUACCUGCAAAGCUAUCGUACCGAGGAUCGGCGUGGCUGAGAGAGACGUCACUCUCACUGUAAAUGGUCCACCCAUCAUCACGGCUGAGGCUACACAGCAGGCUGUCAAACACGCCAAAGGAAAGCUGGAGUGUCUGGUGGGCAGCAGCCCACCUCCUGACAAAAUAGUGUGGACGUUCGGGGACGUGAGCUUGUCCUCUGGUUCCUCGGGCCGUUUCUCUGUGCAGACAGUGAACAGCGACCGCGGCGUCCUAUCCUCCCUCGUCCUGUCCGAGACACUGGCUCAAGAUUUCCAGCUGAGAUACAACUGCACUGCGUGGAACCGCUUCGGAACGGGCGCGGUGCUCGUCACGCUCAAAGAACAAGAAGCACUGCCCUUGCUCAUCAUCAUCGGCUCGUCUGUCGGAGGAGGAUGCGUUUUCAUCGUUUGCGUCAUCACCCUGGCGUCCAUCUGCUGCCGCCAUGCUGCGAAAGGUAAAAAAGGGACACGCCUAUCCAAGAGUGACAUCCGUGUACAGAUAGUGCACAGUGACCACAACGCAACCCGUGGGAACGAUGAUGAGGAGGAUGUGAAGGAGCCCAUGGCUCCUAACAGCAGCGAGUCUCCUGGGACAUCACGCACGGAGCACAGCGAUCUUCUGGAGGAAGAGGAUGAUGAAAGAUCAGAUAUUAAGGACCCCACUAACGGCUACUAUAACGUCCGGGGUCACGAUGACCGCCACGUGGCACGCACUGGCUUUUCUGAGUUUGUCCCGACCUCACGUCCCGUCUAUACACCGUGCCAGCUUCCUUCUCCAGGCCCUUUGUACAGCCAGAGCACCACCCAGCCACGUGUCUACGACUUCUCCAACCGCUAUGCCACCACCCCGGCUACCCGCACCACCUACGAGCAGCAACCUCAACAACAGCAACAACAACCGCAGCCGCAACAGCAAACGACUCCCACAAUGUACCCACAGGACCCUCUGUACCUGCCCAAUAACUACAGCCGCGCCUUCACCAGCUACGUCAAACCCGCCUCCUACGACAAAGUGGACACUUUUGAGCAAACAGAUCAAGCGAGUAAGGUGUCCGGGUCGUCCCGCUUCUCCUACGCGUCCUCGCAGCAGUCCGACUACGGACGGCCGUCCCAGCAGCGCAUGCAGACUCACGUGUGAGCGCCAGACUUGCAGACGUUUGAUCCAUGAAGGACUUUUCCCCUCAAUCUUAAGUGCGCAUUGGGAGUCAGAAUCGGAUUAUCCUUCUUGAGCUUUCGGAGAAAGGAGAACUGCGGGACAACUCCCAUUUCCGAGUCACCUCUGGAUUGUCUAAGCUAAUUUAAUCGCGUUUAGCUUUGUCUACUAGCUGAACUUCUGGUGAAUGAAUGCCAUUCUUUUGUAAUCUCACUUAUUAUGGAGACGGGCACGUCAGGACGCUUCAGCGUCUCCGAGCGGUCUGUGAUAGGAGUCAUAGACGGAUCAAAUGAACUAACUUUUGUAAAUGAGAAGCUAAUGAUCUUAUGCUGGACCACAAUCAAAAAAAAAAAAGAAAAAGAAAAAAAAAAGUCUCGUGCUGGCAUGCUGAAGGAAUCGUAAGCACAUUUUGUGUGUCGUUGACUGAACUACAACAGGAAUUCACAGAUAAACUGAGACAAACUGGUGGAAAUGAUAAAUUAUGCCUCUUUUUAUGAAAUCUACUGACAAAAAAAAAAAAAAAAACCCUUCACAGACUUCCUGAAAGAAAGAGGUAUAGUUUUCUCUGAUUAGCUGAACAAAGAGAGAUGAAGCCCUAAUGAAGAUGCAACCCAGACACAAGAGGCUUAUUUUGCACCCCAAAAUGGCAUGUUACUAGUUUUGGGGUGCAAAUAAAAAGGUGCCUGGGGUGUAUUGAGAGGCUGGUGGCAAUCUGAAACUGCGAAAAUCAACAUGCAGUAAUAGUUUAGCGACUGUGAUUUCUUUACUAAAGAAAGUGCGGCGCGAGCCGUUCUAUCCGAAAUGACACAAUCAAAGUAUCUCCGCCAUGUUUACACACGAUCUAAAGGUAGAACACAAUGCUCCUGAUAAACGAGUGUAAAAAUUCGGGGUUGAGCCCUCUCCUCUUGUCUGUUGCAUGCAGAUGACGUGUCUAUGUGAACGUAUCGAGCGUUUCUUUCCAUGUCCAUUCCUUGUGUGAGACAUUGCUUUACUGCACCUGAUGCCAUUGGAUCGUGGUUAUCCCGAUGACCGGGUUCCCGUACUGCCAUUUCUUUUCUUCGGGCCUGAGUGAUUUCCAUUGGGCAAGAAAAAAAAAAAGAAGAAGUAAAUUCACAAAGUGAACUGUGCCGAAAAAACACAUUGCUUGUCUUUAUUUUUCUACUUUAUAUAAGCCUUAAUGUACAGUGUGUAAGCUGCUCAACUGUAAAGUACAUUUAUAUUAUGAAUGCUUAUAAAUAUAUAUCUAAUUUGAUUUGAUUUGAUUUUAACACAGCGUAUUAUUUUAGUUCACUUUUUCUCCCCGUAAGCUUGAGUUCUUCAUCGUUCUUGGGGUUGCGUUUCUUUUAGACACUUUUUUUUUUUUCUUUUUUUAAGAUUAUGCAUUGAGGUCUUACUUGCUAAAAUGAGCUAUUGUUGCUUGUAACUUUGUACACAUAUUUAUAUUUAAAUAAAACCA